AUGGCAGAGGAUGAGGUUCUGUAUGCUUCGGUGGUUGUUAAAAACAAGAGACCCCAGAAAACUAACAAAGAGGAGGAGGUUGUGUAUGACGAAGUGAAGAUAUCAAAUCAAACGGCUCAGCAAACGCCUGACACAAACGUGUCUUCAAGACUUUUGUCUGACAAGGAAGCAGAAGGAAAAUGCCGCUGGUAUCAGAAGUUGGCUUGUGGCUUUGGGAUUCUCUGUGUGAUUUUGGUGUUGGCCAUCAUUGGAGUCUGCGUUCACAUUUUAUUUUCUCACAAGAGUGAUGAACAGGAGCUGAAACAGCUGAAAGCCAACCAAAUGUUGCUGCUGGAGGAAAAUCACAACCUGACAGACCUGAACAAGAAAGUCAGCUCAGAUUUGAACAUCACGAUUCAAAACCUGACACAAGAAAAAGAAAACCUGACAAGAGAACUUGAUGAAGUGAAGAAUAAAACCCAGCAGCUGCAGGAAGAGAAGAAAAUCCUCACAGAACAAAUAGAAACUAUGGAGAAAACUUGGAAUGAGCAGAACGUCAGUCGAGCUCAGUGGAGCGUUGAUGAAUACUGUCCUAAAGAAAACAAGAGAAAGUGUAGUUCUUGUCAGAAAGGCUGGCUCCUAUCUCAGUCCAGCUGCUAUGCAGUUAAUAAUGCUGAACCUCCAAAUCAGAAAACCUGGGAAGAAGCACGAGAAGACUGCAGAGGAAAGAUUUCAGAUCUGACUGUUGUUGGUGAUGAAGAAGAAAAGAAGUUUGUUAAAGACAAUAGUUGGGUUAAUAACAACAUUAAAGGAUACUGGAUUGGCCUCAGAGCUGAAGGAGGGAAAUGGAGAUGGAUCGAUGGAAGUGAUCUGACCAAUCAAGCCUGGAUACAGCAGCAGCCUGUUGAUGGUCAGUGUGUAACUUCUCUCCAGGGCAGAGAAUGGAGAUCAGAGAGCUGUGAUGAAAAGAACACAUGGAUCUGUGAGAAGAAGGCUUUAUCUGUUUAGACAUGAGAUAUUCAGAUUGAGGGACGUUAUCUGGAAAGCCUUAAAUACAAAAAAAACAAAACAAAACAGUUUUCUUCUCUGAAGGUUUGUAGUGGUUUAAUAACUCAAAAUAACUUUAAUAACUCAAACACAUCUGUUCAUGAAAAGUGUUUGGAGUUUGAAGUGUUUCCUGAUUAUUUGUCUGUGCUGCAACGUUUACAAUUUGUUAACAGAUCUGUGAAAAACAACAGACAGGACUUAGUUUUGUGUUUCCUGAACUUUUUACUGAGUUUUUGAAGGAUUUUUACUUGUAACCAUCAUUCUAGAUAGCCUUGCCUGCAACUUCAAUUCUCGUGAUAGUUGUGCAAGAAUUUAGCUUGCCCCACUCCCUCAAACGUUGGAGACCAACCCAGAACGGGUCGGGCCAAUCACAUUUUGCUGAACUAUUGUGUCUUGUCUUGCUGUCACAUCCAAUCAGGAACAAGAUGUGGUUGUGACGUGGGGUGAAGGACUGCAGCAGAGACGAAGCAGUUUUCAUUCAAAAUGAAGGAAAAACUGAUAGUGGCAGCCGAGCCCUUGGCUGAACCAACAUAAAUAUGUUAGUGCAGGAGGAUGCACACAUAGCUGCUGCUAUCACAUCUGCUUUGUCAGCGUCUAUGAUGCCACAAGUGUCACCAUCUUAACAGAAGCGUCUUGACCGCCGUAAUUUGUUGCGGUUUGUCAUGGCGCCAGCUGUUUGCAAUUAUUUGAUAACGUGAUUGGCUAAAGCCAAUCUUUGGUAGGCAGGCACUAGGUGUCGCUUCAUCCAAUCUGCUCAGAAAGUUCUGCUGAUUGUCCCUCCUUUCCCAGGAACAGAUUUGAUAGCAACAGUCCCAGAUUGAUAAUGUGCAGGACAGAGAGUGCUACACAUUAUUAAUCUGGCUUUCUGGGUUAGAUUUUAGGGGCUCCACUUUGUGUUUAACUUUCUGUAAUAGUUGGGAUCCUGGGUAUACAUAUUUAGAUGCUGCUGCUUGUUUAUGUCAUAGAAAAUAUAAAUAUUAUCUGUCACUUUUCCUCUUAUCAUUGUUCUGUCACAUUGCUCAUCAAACAUCUGCAAAUAUGAUCAUAAUUCUGUUCAUAUUAAAGCAAACGAUUUGGGUUUGGAAGUAACUCUGCUUCUGU